GCAGGGCCCGGGGAGAGCCCUUCCAGCCCCACCCCGGGACGCCUCCCCCUGCCUCAGUCGCCCUCGGUCCCGGGGUAGCCCGGCCCUGCUGCUCCCCGCGGGCAGUGCCCUGCCGGGGUCCGCUGCCCUCAGCCCCCGGGAGAUUGUCCGGGGACCCACUGACCCAAAAUAAACAGUUUCCCUGAAACUGCCCCAACGAUCUGCCAUGUGACGCACCUAGGCGUGGCCCCGUGCCCGGGACCCCUGAGCCCCAUUUCCUCAGGGCUGCACCCGGUCAGACCUGCGUGCUGUGCUGUGUCUGUGGCAGGGAUCGGGCUGUGUCCCCCCUCCAUCCCGUGCCCAGUCCUUUGCUGAGCCCUUUUCUUCUCAUCUCUUAAUUCCAGUGUCCCCUCCAUCAACCUGAGCGGCUGCAGUGCGGCGGGCGGCGCAGCACUGCGGGCUGAAGGAAGCGGGAGAGAACGAGGAGUGGACGGUGUGCUGGACAGACAGCUCGGUUUCUCUGGAGCGCCUCAUGGAAAUGAAGCGGUUCCAGAAAAUCAACCACUUCCCAGGCAUGAUCGAGCUCUGCCGUAAGGACCUGCUGGCUCGCAACCUGAACCGCAUGCUCCGGCUCUUCCCCAAGGAGUACAACAUCUUCCCCCGCACGUGGUGCCUGCCAGCCGACUAUGGAGACUUCCAUGCCUACAGAUCUGUGAGGAAAACCAGAACAUUCAUCUGUAAGCCCGACAACAGCUGCCAGGGAAAAGGGAUCUUCAUAACUCACCACCCAGAAGAGAUCAAGCAUGGGGAGCGCAUGAUCUGUCAGCAGUACAUCUCUGAGCCUUUCCUCAUUGAUGGCUUCAAGUUUGACAUGCGCAUCUACGUGCUGGUCACAUCCUGUGACCCACUGAGGGUUUUUCUCUACAAGGAGGGCCUGGCCCGGUUUGCCACCAUGAGGUACAUCAAUCGCAGCAGCAGAAACCUGGGUGACAUCUGCAUGCAUCUGACCAAUUAUGCAAUCAACAAGCACAAUGAGAACUUCGUCCAGGAUGACACAAUGGGCAGCAAGAGGAAGCUGUCCACCCUGAAUGCCUGGAUGGCAGAGCACAGCUACGACACAACAAAGCUCUGGGCAGAUAUUGAUGACAUUGUCAUAAAGACACUGAUUUCAGCUCACCCUGUGUUGAAGCACCACUACCAGAGCUGCUUCCCCAACCACGUCACCGGCUGCGCCUGCUUCGAGAUCCUGGGCUUUGACAUUUUGCUGGACAGAAGGCUGAAGCCGUGGCUGCUGGAGGUGAACCACUCUCCCAGCUUCUACACAGACUCUCAGCUAGACCGUGAGGUGAAGGAUGCCCUUCUGUGUGACACCUUCAACCUUAUCAACGUGCACGCCUGCGACAGAAGGAAGGUGCUGGAGGAAGACAAGCGGCGGGUAAAGGAGCGGCUCCUUCAGGCCAACCAGACCCAGACUCUCCGUGAGUCCAGGCGCAGGGAGCAGGAGAGCAGCCAGGCUGCCUGGCUGGCACAGGCCGAGACCUACGAGAACGAGCACCUGGGCGGCUUCCGGCGCAUCUACCCGGCACCUGGCACAGAGAAAUACGAGCCCUUCUUCCACCAGGGCAGGUCCCUCUUCCAGGAAACGGCAGCCUCCAAGGCACGAGAGGAGCAUGCCAGGCAGCAGCUGGAGGAGAUUCGCCUGAAAAACGAAAAGCUGGAAGCUGCCACCAGGAAGAAGAAAACAGAGAGGAUCCAGAAUAGAAGCACAGCUUCUACAACCCACCUCACUCACAGAAGCACCAAGACAUGGGAUAGAAAGGUGCAGCGCGUGCAGUAUGACUCCAUGCAGCCCCAGGACAUCGUGGAACAUGAGGAGAAGAGGAGAGUGAAUGCUCUGCUGCAGCGUGAGAAGCUGAUCCGAGACCUGGGCAUCACCAGCCAGCUCUCCCGGCUGCUCCCCACAGCCAACAGCCAGGGAUCCUGCACUCUCCAGAGCCAGCUGCAGUUUCCCUGGGAUGCCCUUGGGGACCAGGACACCCAUGACUUAAUGAUGGUCAUCUCGCUUCUGGGAGGCCCAGCCCAGGCCUCGGGACACUGGGUCAGAGCCGAGGCCCUGCAGCCGGACACGCUGGGCCCGGACCCUGACAACGCAGACACCCUCUGCGUUCGAGGCCGGAGCGUCCCGUACCACACGCGGCACCAGGGCUCCAGGGUGCUAGGCGGGGGCUGGCUGCGGGGCCGGGCAGCACGGGCAGCCCUCAGCCAGUCCUGCACCCACCCCGAGGGGCUGCUGCUGAGAGACCAGCGGCUCCCUGGUGCCAGAACACAGGCUGAAGGCUGUGAGUACACAUCACCUUCCUGUGAAUACUCCUGGGCUUACCAGGGUGGGAAGAGUGGGCAGGCUGGAUGGAGCUCAGAGUCCCAAGGGUGCUGGGACUCUGCGGAGGGGCCGCUGUGCUCUGCUCAGGGUACUGAUGACCACUGGGAGUCUCUGCUGGAGGCCAUCAGCAUCCCAUUCACAGGGGCAGGAAGGAAUGUGGGUGGAUUCCCAGGACCAAGGGUUGAUGUGUGGGGAGAAGAGAGCAUGAGAAGCCCCAGUAUGGGAGAGAGAGAGUUGGAAGCACAGCAGAUGGGGCAGUCGAAGGGGUGUGUUAGCUGCAGUGGGUAUGGAGGGGACACAGUGGCACAGCACAGCCCCCAGCUCUUUCCCAGGCCCAUGCUGCUCCCUGCCUACAGUCCCACGCUCCCUCACCCAGCCCUGCUCUGCUCCCCAGCAUCGGCUCCAUCCACUUGACAGCCAUAAGGCCGGGGCAGCAGGGCUGGAGGGGGAGCUGCCAGGGCCCACCGGGGAGGGCAGUGGGGGCUGCUGACCCAC